AUGCUGGUCGCGCUCGAAGAGGCGCGCUCGCUGCUGCUCGGCGGCGGCGAGGGGCGCUCCCCAGCCUGGUGCGCGGUGCUCGGGCGCGUGAUUGCCGCCGGCUGCGCGCAGCUUCGGCGGCAGGGCGAGCACGGCGCGUCGGCGCGCGUGCUGUGCGACACGAUCGGGCACUCGAUGAUGCCGCAGCGGUGGCGCGCGGCCCUUUUUGUGCAGUGCGUCAAGGACCUCGACAGGGCCGGGCAGCAAGAAAGGGCUUGCCGGUUGUGCGAGGCUGCGCACACCUCGCACCUGGAUGCCAACGGCCACCUCUCGAGCUCAAGCGUCGCUUCGAUCCUCGAGUCGAGCGGCGGCGGGAGCAGUACAGAGGCGUUACAACUGGGAGCCGUGCAGCUGAUGGCCGUCCGCCGCGUGCUCAAGAAGCUCGCCGUGCCGCCCCGCCGCUGGAAGAAGCCCGCCCUCCCGUCGCUCGCCGCGCCGCGGGAGGUGCACCUCCGCGGCGACGAGGUGCUGGAUGGCGGCGACGCGGGGCGGAGGCUGGGCUGGCGGGCGGCCGACGGGUCGAUCGCGCGCGGCGUGGAGGAGUACGUGCGGCUGCACUACCUGUCCGGCGCGGGCGGCACUCCUUGGUCAAAAGGAGUGCACCUCGAGAACGCGCUCUUCCUCUCCCUGUUCGCCCUGCUGAUGUGGGACGCAUUGUUCGCACCGCUCCCCGGCGCCUUUGGCUCGAGCUCCUCAGACGCGCCCGACGAUCUGCUCUCCGGCUGCGGCUCCUUUGCGAGCCGCCGUGCUGACAUUGUUGGCGCGCUGCUGAAGCGAAUCGAGAGCGCGGCGCCCGACGAGCAGCUUGACGGGACCGUGCCCCAGGACACUCCUGUCGCUUCGCCACGAGCCCACCUCUCUCUCUCGGCUCGCCUGGCCGCCGCCCACGCAGCCCACUACGGCGAGGAGUGCAUCGGCCUCGACUGGUCGCGCUUGGACCUGCCGCUGCUCCAGUGGACGGCCACCGCGCUCGGCGGGCGGGUUGUCGCUGCCAUUUGCCGCGCGCUCGCCGACGACUACGGGGGCUUCAGCCAUGGCGCGCCAGACCUGCUGCUCCUCGCGGACCGGCCGUCGGCUGCCGCGCGUUUCGUGGAGGUCAAGGGGCCGAAUGACCGCCUGAGCGACUCGCAGGUCGCUUGGUGCGACGUGCUGGCGCGUGCUGGGGCGGACGUUGAAGUUGCUUACGUCGAGCGUUGUGUAUAG